AUGGCCGCCCUGGCUGUCUUGCCGUCGAAUGCAAAGGUCAUCAUCAUUGCGCUCACCUCCCAGGCUGCAACAACACCGCCAUACACCAUCCUGCAGUUCCCAUUCCAGCUCGCCCACCAAGUUACCGCCAUUGGCAUGGGUGAGUUUGAUCGCUCACCGGCCGCGCACCUCCUCGAUGUCUUUGCACUUGCGAACGAGGCUGUCCUUGUCUACACAGCGCUCGGCAACGGAACGUUUGAUCCCAGCCCGCGUCUCAUUCAGCUGAGCGUGGGUGGCUUUCCAGCUUCGCCACGCGUCUUUGACCCAGAUGGCAACGGCUACGACGACCUGCUGUUCUUUUCAGGCGGAGACGCUGUAUUCCUCUUCCAGCGGCCAUCGCCGUGGGACGGCGAUCCGUUUCGGGUGACCACUCGCCAUGUCGAAGGAUCGUCUGGCAGCUGCGGCGGUACACCGCGACAGCUCUCAUGCCUCGCUGCCACGCUUGCGCGAGGCUCUCGAUGCGUGCCCGACGUUGUCGUCGUCUCGUCGCUGCUCGACACCUGCCGGUUUUCCGCCCACUGGUCCCUGACCAAAUCGGCAUCGGUGAUCGGGACCAGCCGCACUGGCUCUGGCAUAGACUGUGGCGCGGCGGCCACAUCCGCUGGUGGUGUACUCUUUGCCAUCACAUCUGCUGUUCGCCUCGAGUUGACUAACCUCACUCUUGCCCGUGCCACCUUUUCAUCGGCUACGCUCUCGGGCUCGUCGCCUAUUUGGCUCGACGGGUGGGCAGUCCUUGCGCUCACCUCGGUCACCGUUGCUGACUUUGACAACACGGGCUCUCUUCCGCACAGCAGCAUUCUUGUGGCCCCCGGCUCGGGCGGAGUUGCCUCGCUCGCAGGCGGCUCCCUAUUUACUGCCACGGACUCGAUCAUUCGCGGAUGCACCGCCGGCGCCAGCGGCGGGGUCGCAUACAUCAACGGCCGCCACGCCUCGCCUAGCUCUCGCCUCACCUUUGUCCGGACCUCGAUCGCGUCAUGCUCGGCCCGCAACGGCGGCGUGGUCUUUGUCGAAAAGGCCGGUUAUGUUACCUUUACUGACUCGCAGCUCAUCGCGAACUUCGCCACCGACAACGGCGGCGUGGCUUUUGUCAGGAACUUGGGAGCCGUGGCCGCAAGUAACUCGCUCUUUGCGCAGGGCCAUGCCGACAUCGGCGGUGUCUUCUUUGUCACCGGAAGCACCGUCGCCGCCCGCGGAAACAUCUUUACAGAAAACUACGCCCGGAUCGGUGGCGUUGCUGCUGUCGCCAACACCUUCUUUGCCGUCGGCGCAUUGUAUCACAGCCUCGAGGCUUCGUUGCCCAUGGUCGAGUAUGCCUCAUCCGGCUUUCUCUCGCUCUCGAACAGCGAGUUCACCUACAAUCGCGCCGACUACGGCGGCCUGCUCUUUAGCUGCGGAUGCAUAUUCAAUGUUGGGACCGGCUUUGCUGGCGCCUUCAACAAUGCUAACAUCGCCGGCGGCGUCGUCUACGCCUGCCCGCGGGCUGGCGGUAAGCCGCUCUCGGGAGCCUUUGUGCUCCACGGCUCGGAUGUACAAGCCCUUGCUGCUAUGACGGCCGCCAGCAUGUAUGGGUCUGUCCUUGCUACCCGGCCCAUCAGCAUCGCGUGGGCCGCCCCACUCCCCGACAUCAACGGCAUUGCGCUUCCGUCGGGUUUUCCACUCCCGUCCGGUUUUGCCGUCGUCCUCACCGACGCCGCCAACAACUCGGUCAUCGACGUCAACAUUGUGCUCUCACUCCAAGUCCCACACCCUUACAUCGCGUACGGUGGCAGCGCCGACGUGAUCGUCUCACAAAGCCCGACCCAGUUUGUCGACGUCGGCGUAGCAGUCAAGUCUACCACCAAGCUCGCCUCCUCGGUCCGGAUCAGAGCACAGACGGCGCUGAGCGACGGUGGCGUGCUAGAGACACCACCGGUCACACUUUUUGUCGACAGAUGCUACGCAAGCUCGGCACCAGUCAAGCACCAAGAUGGCGCGCUGGUCUGUGGCUGCCCUCCCAACUCGGCGCUCGUGGCAGAUGUGCACGGUACUUUUGCGGGUGCGAGCCCGGGUACUGGGCUCGCUCAUCGCCGGCCACAUUCUGCCUCGCCUGUCCCCAUGGUGCAGAGUGCGAGGGAGAGCUCCAUCUGCCGCGCGCACGCGAAGGCUUUGCGCCAACGAGCGACCCAGGCUACUUUGAAGAGUGUCCGACCGAGGAUGCGUGCCUCGGUGAUGGCCGGUGCGCAAACGGCGCGCGCGGUCGCCUCUGCUCCGAGUGCAGCGCCGGCUGGUUUGCCUCUGGUCCCGACCGCGAGUGCGUGCGAUGCAAGCUUUCGGCGAGCGGAUCGGCGGGUGUGUUUGCUGUCAUUGCAAGCCUGGUUGUUGUGCUUGUUGUCGGCUACAUUGCUAUCCGCCGUGACUCGGUGCGACCGCUCUCGUUGCUCAUGGGCUCGACCCAGCUGCCAGAGCAGUCGCUUUGGCGGCGGCUGCGGGUCCACACCGGGCGGAUUCAGGCUGUGGCAGCCUCGCUUGCGGUUGAAGCCGGCGUGGUCGUGCUUCUUGCCGUGUUUGGCCUCGCCGAGGCGUGGGAAGUGGCUGCGCUUGCCAUCGGCCUCGUCGCGCUCACAGUUUAUGCGGUGGCCGACAAGAGCUCGCGGGCGCCGCGCGCCGAAGCCGUCCUCAAAACCACGGUCGUGUAUCUCCAGAUUCUUGGCGCGGUGCUGGCGUCGUCAGAGCAGACACUCGAGUCGUCGACCGCGCUUAAGACGCUACAUGCCAUGCUUGAGCGGGCAUCGCUGA